AUGAAAGUCCAAUUAGAACAUCUUUAUUUAUUAAAUGUAGUGUUAUACCUUGAUUAUAUGAAUGCUAGAAGAUUUUCACUAAUAAAUAGUAAAUGUUUAAAAGCUAUUCAUUGUUUAUUAAGAAAUCCAAAUAUUGUUAAUGUAGAAGGAGAAAGUAAAUUGUCACAACUAAGUAGUAAAACAAAAGGAAUAAUUGGAGAAUUAAGAACAUUUGAUGGAAUUCAAACAUUAAGUUGUGACUAUGAAGUACUUUUAAAUAUUCCAUUUACUCUUAUUAAAAAUGUACAAUGUUUUAAAUUAUCAUUAAAACUUUUACAACCAUUUGAUUUAAUAAGAAUUAAAGAAUAUGAUAUAACAGAUAAAAUUACUGAACUAACAUUAUUUAUUUAUACCAAUGUUGAUAUUAGAUUUGGUUUUACUCAAUUUGAAUCAUUGAGAAAAUUAUAUAUUAAUUAUGGGUUUAAUGUUAAUGAACAAUCACUUGAACUUAUUUCACCAAUACUAAACACAUUACCUCAUUUUACCAAAUUAAUUAUUGAGUGUGCUGCAAGUGGAGUAUUACAGUUUAUUCCUUAUAUUAAACGAUUAAACAAAAUUAGAAUAGAAAUAUUAUUGAGAGUUAUUGGAUUAAAAGAUUCUAUUUAUAAUGAAUUAAAAGAAAUACAUUCAUAUUGUAAAAUUUGUUCUGUCUUUAAUAAUAUCUCUCCAUUUCUUAUUAACCAUUCUAUUCCUUUAUUAAUUGAUCAAAAAAAGUUAUUUAUUAUAGCUCCAGAUAUUGUUGAAACUGACGAAGUAGAAAGUGCAUGGAAUUUAUACUAUCCUUCUAAAGUUUCAAUAUUUGGAAAUAAGGAUCUCUUUACAAAUGUUAAUGAAUUAAAUCUUUCUCAUCAUAAUUCAUUAAUAGACCUUUCUUUAUCAAGAAUUCAUUCAUACAACCCUAUUCAAUUAUUAUUUCCUGUUUCAUUAAGAUCAUUAUCAUUUUCAUGUUUUAAUGUUACUCCAUUCCCCUCUCUUAGUUCAUUAAAAAUAGAAGAAUUAAAAGUGAAUGACUGUUCCACAAUUGUAUCUCUUUGUUACCUACAACAUUAA